GUGAAUGAGCGGCUGGUGCUGGCAGAAACUUGCUGGAGGUCUUUGGGUGGCAUCGCCGUUUCGCCCUCAUCUACCCGCGGGCGAGCCAAGCCCGGGGAGGAUGAAGUCGUCCUGUGUCCUGCUCACCGCCCUGGUGGCGCUGGCUGCCUAUUACAUCUACAUCCCCCUGCCCAGCUCCGUGUCCGAUCCCUGGAAGCUGAUGUUGCUGGACGCGACUUUCCGGAGCGCACAGCAAGUGAGCAACCUGAUACACUACGUGGGCCUGAGCCAUCAUCUGCUGGCACUGAAUUUUAUCAUCGUUUCUUUUGGCAAGAAAAGCGCACGGUCAUCUGCUCAGGUGAAGGUGACCGACACUGUCUUUGAUGGUGUGGAAGUCAGAGUGUUUGAAGGCUCUCCAAAGCCAGGAGAGCCGCUGAAACGCAGCGUGGUUUAUAUCCAUGGAGGAGGCUGGGCUUUGGCAAGCGCGAAAAUCAGGUAUUAUGAUGAACUGUGUACAGCAAUGGCCGAGGAAUUGAAUGCUGUCAUCGUCUCCAUUGAAUACAGGCUAGUUCCAAUGGUUUAUUUUCCUGCACAAAUUCACGACGUUGUACGCGCCACAAAGUAUUUCCUGCGGCCGGAGGUCUUACACAAGUAUUCGGUUGACCCAGGCAGAAUUGGCAUUUCUGGUGACAGUGCUGGUGGGAAUUUGGCCGCUGCCCUGGGCCAGCAGUUUAGUCAAGAUGCCAACCUAAGAAACAAGCUCAAAGUGCAAGCUUUAAUUUAUCCAGUUCUUCAAGCUUUAGAUUUUAACACACCCUCAUAUCAGCAAAAUGUGAACACCCCAAUCCUGCCCCGUUACGUCAUGGUGAAGUACUGGGUGGACUACUUCAAAGGCAGCUAUGACUUUGUCCAGGCCAUGAUAGUGAACAAUCACACUUCACUGGAUGUGGAAGAGGCUGCUGGCCUCAGGGCCCGUCUAAACUGGACGUCCCUCUUGCCCGCAUCCAUCACAAAGAACUACAAGCCUGUCGUGCAGACCACUGGCAAUGCCAAGAUCGUCCAGGAGAUCCCUCAGCUGCUGGAUGCCCGUUCUGCCCCACUCAUCGCAGACCAAGAAGUCCUGCAGCACCUCCCAAAGACCUAUGUUCUGACAUGUGAGCACGAUGUCCUAAGAGACGAUGGGAUCAUGUAUGCAAAGCGUUUGGAGAGUGCCGGUGUGGAGGUGACCCUCGACCACUUCGAGGAUGGCUUCCACGGGUGCAUGAUUUUCACCAGCUGGCCCACCAACUUCUCAGUGGGAAUCCGGACUAGGAAUAGUUACAUCAAGUGGCUGGAUCAAAACCUGUAAAGGAGUAAAAUUUCUAGAAAGCUUGAGCCCCUCCUGACCUCCUGCACCUGCUUUGGAAAGACACGCACUUUUUAGUCGACUAAUUUCCCCUUGUUACUUGUGAGUUAUGUAAUCUCUAUUCUCUGCAGACUUCAUGUUAAUUUAAUUUUUUUAAAUGCAUUUGACUAACGUAAGUGCAAAAACACCUGAAUCUGGUUCUGAACGUGGUUGUUUUAGCCAAACUACGACUAAUACCCACAGCUGCAGAAAGCGGGACUAGGAGCUGGAAAUAGCUCUGGGUCUUGCCUUAGUCAAGAAGUUCUUUUUAGAAGAAAUUCUUCCAGCCAUGGAUGAUAGAGUGACGUUGAAUGAGUUAAGAAAAUGUAGGCUCCUCCUCAGCUUGCUAGAGUUUGCUUUGAGUUCAGAGCAGUGUUAAAUGUGUGUACUUUAAGGUCAGUGCUGGGUACCAAGUGCCCUCUGUUCUUCAUGAGUGGAUGGUUUUGUUUCCUAUGGGAAUUUCGGCAAUGGCGUUCUAGCAAGGACAGGUUCCUCAAAUGACUUUCUUCCUUUAUCGUGUUAAUUUUAUGAGAUAGCUAUCUGUAAGUCCAGUUGGAUGAUGAUGAUACUUGAAAGUUACGUUCUACCACUAUUAUUAAAAAAUAUAAGGUUUGCAUGCACUGGAUAUCUGUACGUUGUUAAGUUCUUUGGUUAUGCCGUCUCCUUGGGGGAGAUCUUUGGGAGCAAAUUUAUUUAGAUUUAGAAUAAAUUUUCCAUUACAGAACAAGUAAAAACAAAUGAACCAACCUAUUGUUUUCAUAAUGAAUACUUCUGACAUGAAUUACCAAGAGCAGUAUGUAUAUAUUUGGCGUAGUCAGAAAAGAAGAUACAUUUAAUAUUAGUUUAAAAUUAUGAAAAAUACCUUUAGAGGGUCUAGUUUAUUCUUGAAAACUCAACUUUUUCACUUACAUGGCUUUAAAGUGGGGCUAUUUUGGUAUAUAUAAUGUAUUGUUUAUUUUUUUAAGUUAUUUAAUGUUAAUAUAUGUGGCUAGACUUAAGAUUUUUCGGAAUAAUGUCAGUAAUGAAUAUUAGAAAUAAGGAUAUUUUUAAAAAACUACCUUAGAGUCUAAAAAAUUAGAAUUAUAUCCACAUGUAAUUUCUGGAAAGAGGUAAAAUAGCUAUUAAUACUACUAUACAUUAGGCUUAAAUAUUUUGAUGUUUUUAUGCAUAUACAAAUUAAAAUAACUAGAAACUAUGACUAUACCUAGUAAAGUCGUCUAAGUUUAUAGUUCAAUAGCUUAGGCAAGAAACACAUGCUCAUUUCUCUCUAUGGUCAGAGGAACACUAGCUCCUAUUCUUCUGGAUGAAGGGCAUACAUUGGCACCUGGCACCUACAUCUCUCAUUAUGUCCUUCCAGCCAGGUCUAGAAGUUACAAUAGCCCAAGCUUAAUUUCGUGUAAAGCCUUCACUGCCAGUGGGAACAUCUUUAGCAUAGGAAGAAACUCCGAUUCUGAUUGAGCUGAGUACCUCUGCCCUCCUUCCUGCCACUCGGACUUCUGCCCCACUCCAUGCUGCUUUCAGGGACUGCAGAGAGCAGCCGUACAGCCAAGUCAUGAUACAGGAACUUCAUCAGUGGAGAGAAAGUAGAUUUUACUCAUUUGAAAGAUGAAACAUUUUUGGCAGUGAAAUAACAAAUGAAAAUCUGCAUACUUGUUUUUCAUUUAUUAUAUAAGCCAGUAGCAUUUAAUGUACAAAACAGAAGUAAAUGCAACACUGUGUGUAUGCGUGUGUGCCUGUGUGUAUAUAAAAAUAAUCAUACAAAUUAAUGUGCUAAUGUACUCAGGCAAGUCACUUAGCUUCUCUGGGCCUCUUUUCCUUUUCCUCUAAAAUCAGAGAAUUGAAUUAUUAGAUCUCGGAGGUCUCUUCCAACAAUGAAUUCCAACCGUUUUGUCAGACUGGCAAAUUGUAUUGGCCUCUUUUUCUACAGUGGUUUCUUUGUAGGUCAUUAUUCCAUAUACAGAGGCACACGCAUCAUCAAACAUUUUUUUUCUGUAAAACUAGGACUUUAGUUCUUACUCUGUGAUAGCUACCCUUCUCAUUUAAUACUAUACUUUGUGACACCAUUUGAAGGAACCAAUGUUUGGACCUUAUUUUGAGGUUAUCUAUGUCUAAGAAAGCAAAGAAAAUAUAAUACGUGCACAGAGUUCCUUAAAAUCAUGUUUUCUCAGAAUUGCAAGCCAAAUCCUUCAGUAAUUACAAUGAAUGAUUCCAGAUCUCUAAAAGGGCUUUCUCAGAUGAAAAGAGAAUGAAAGAAAAAAAAAGGACAACCACUGUUUCUGAUGAAAUACUUGAGUUUCAUUAAAGCUUUUAUAUAUGUGAAUAAUUUGUCUAAUGACUUGCACUGUAUCCCACCUCAGACCUUGCUUGAAGGUCUUCCUUGAAAUUUUCCUUAGAAUAAUAACAAUUGUAAAUCAUGACACACAAAAACCACAACACACAAGAGAGGCUAACCCAACCAAAAAUCUGAGCACUGAGAACUCCUUUGGGAAGCCUAUAGAGUUCAUGUUGAAGAUAUUUUAGUUUGGAAUGAGUUCGUUUUUAGUUUUUGUUUUUAUAUAAAAAAAAAGUUUAUACUCUGCAGAUUUGUUUUUUAGUGUUAUGGCUUUGUUUCGUUUUCCUAUUUUAUGAAAAAGCUGAUAGUCUUUUUGUCAUAUCAUUGUGAAAUAUGAACAGAAAUAUAUGAAGAAAAAACCUUGAAGUCUUGUAAAAUAUCGUGAUGUGUAAUGUUUUCUCAUGAAUUUGUGAAAAAUUUCAGACAAUUGUAUAAUUAUCUUGCUGGAUAUGAUAUUUUACGCAUGACCUUUUAACCUUUGACUUUUUGCUUAUUUCCCACUGCAAAGGGGAAGGCAGAUUUUAUGAAGGAUUUUAGUAGCAAAUCUGUUUUGUAAAACGAAAAUCCAGUGUGGAGGUAGGAAAGUAUGUAUCUGUUUUGACUCAUGUUUGGAAAUAAAAUGGCUCCAUCUGGGAA